AUGGCAUUUCCGGCCGUAGCGGUUGUCACGGGCUUAGCUCUUCCAGAAGUCUACGCACUUUUCAAGGUCUACUGGCUAGAAGACCCGGAGGCCUUCCUAAAUCAAGUGCACAUAAUCCUCCGAGAGGUUAACGACGGGCUGCAACGUAUGAGCAUGCUGCAGGUAACACGCAUGGUAGAGCGGAAUGUCUCUGAAAAGAUGAUGAGUUCGUCGGAAUUCGAAUUCGUGAAAGCCCUCCGUGAUGAGCAUAAGGACUGUGGCAAGCUCUAUACGCGUUUCAAGCACGAUUUGAAAAAGCACUACCCCAAGAAGUGGCAGCUGCUUUUGUACGGCUCUCAGUUGUAUAAAGACAUCAAAGACCUAAGGAAAAAAGUGGCCGAUCUGGAGCUAGAUUAUCUGAAAACAUCGUCGGCACUGGAGUUUUCCGACUAUGAGGACUCGGACGAUGAGGAUACUGACAAGUAA